AUGCCAGAAAACCAAUGCAACGUUGACGGUCCUUUGACCUUUACUUAUAAAGAGGUCGACGGAAUCAGCGUCCUGCUCGACGUCUAUCUUCCACCAGACGACGUCGACCAACAGUUCACCGGACAGGCGAUUCAGUAUCACCCAGCAGUCGUUUACUUCCACGGAGGAGGGCUCACUAUAGGAAAUAGACGAAGCUGGUUCCCUACUUGGCUGAAAAACCGGUUGUCUGCACGCGGUAUCAUAUUCAUCAGUGCAGAUUAUCGACUUAUUCCUCCAGGGACCGGAUAUGAUAUACUUGCCGAUGCGAAGGACGCCAUCGCCUUUGUCGCGGGAGAUUUGAAUGUUCAGCUUGAUCAGGAGCUGGCUGAUCUUGGCUCUGGUUCACGUUUCCGCAUCGAUCCCACGUCGAUCGGUGUGGCUGGAAGUAGCUCGGGCGGGUUCUGUGCGUAUCUAUGCGCUAUUUAUGCAGUCCCGAAACCGAAAGUGGUUCUCAGUUUAUAUGGUCUGGGAGGCGAUUUACUGACAGACCAAUAUCUCGCUCCCAAGGCACAAUCUUUCCUCCGGGGGCUAGAUCCCGCACAGCUCUCAGGAUACAUACAUCCGUUCGACAGUCUCCAAAGCACUUCAGACUCACCACUCGUAUACCAUCCACAGUCAUAUCACAUCCCUGAAAACCCACGAAUGUUAAUUCCACGUUUAUACCUGCAGCUCGGGGUCGUCUUGGACUAUAUUACAGGCCAGCAUGAACCAAGUCUUAGUGUUACGUUACGCAAGGCUAUCCAUACCGAGGAUCCCUUCGACGAAGCACUCAUUUCUGAUCACAAGAUUAUUUUCCCUCAGUUCAACGUCACGUCGGAUUGGCCGGCAACAUACCUCGUCCAUGGAACCAGCGAUAUGAAUGUCCUCCCGCGAGAGUCUCGUAAUUUGCAUUCCCUGCUCUUGAAGGCUGGUGUAGAAGUUGUAUUGGAAGAACUACCAGGUCGAGAGCAUUCGUUCGAUGAUCAGCCAGGCGCAGAGCUGGAACACAAAGGAUCAUUUGAUGACAUGGUUCAAUUUCUUUAUCGCCACCUAACUUAG